GGCGUGGCCAACGUUCCCGCCUCUUCCUGCCACUCUCCGGGUUCCGCCCCGCGGGCUCAGUCCCCAGGAGGGCCUGCUUUCUUGCUGGCAGCAGUAUUUGACGGUUAGAUGCCGCCAGAGGAAUGACUGAGGAGGAGGCAUCUGCGUUUAGAAGGUGAAAAGUCAGAAGACCCCAAGAGUAUUGGUGCCUCCUCAUAUUGAUGGUCUGUAGCCAGACAAUUCCUAUUUCCCCUGACAGGAGUUUCUAACAGUUCCAUGUCUCUUUGAUCAAAUCCCGAGGAGAUAAGUUUUCAUUUUCUCAGAGAGAAGGCAAGAAAGUUGUAGCCAGUGGUAUAUACCAUCAUGGAGACUGAGAGCCAUAACAACCCUCAGGAAAGACCCACACCCUCUAGUAAUGGGAGGGCUUCAAGGGAAGACAAUCAUUUGUUGAUUAAAGCUGUGAAAGAUGAAAAGAUUGAGUUGGUCCAGCAAUUGCUAGAAAGAGGGGCUGAUGUCAAUUUCCAGGAAGAAUGGGGCUGGUCACCUCUGCAUAAUGCAGUACAAGUUGGCAGGGAGGACAUUGUGGAUCUUCUGCUUAGUCAUGGUGCUGACCCUUGUCUGCGGAAGAAGAAUGGGGCCACUCCCUUCAUCAUUGCUGGGAUUGUCGGAGACGUGAAGUUGCUCAAACUAUUACUUCCCAAAGUAGCAGAUGUCAAUGAGUGCGAUGUUAAUGGCUUCACAGCUUUCAUGGAAGCUGCUGUGUAUGGCCAAGUCGAAGCCUUAAGGUUCCUGUAUAACAACGGAGCAGAGGUGAAUUUGCACAGAAAGACAGUGGAGGAUCAAGAGAGGAUUAAGAAAGGAGGGGCCACUGCCCUCAUGGAUGCUGCUGAAGGAGGGCAUGUAGAGGUUGUGGAGAUCCUCCUUCACGAGAUGGGGGCAGAUGUCAAUGCCCGGGACAAUAGGGGCAGAAAUGCUUUGGUCUAUGCUCUUCUGAACUCUGAUGUUGAGAAGGUGAAAGCCAUUAUUCGCCUUCUGCUGGACUGUAAGGUUGAUGUCAAUGUGAGGGGGGAAGGAAGGAAGACGCCGCUGAUCUUGGCAGUGGAAAAGAAGAGCCUGGAUCUGGUGCAGAUGCUUCUGGAACAAACAGCUAUAGAGAUUAAUGACACAGACAGUGAGGGUAAAACAGCAUUGCUGCUUGCUGUUGAACUCAAGCUGAAGAAAAUCGCCCAGUUGCUGUGUCUCAAAGGAGCCAGCACAAAAUGCGGGGACCUUGUCACAAUAGCGAAGCGCAAUUAUGACUCUGACCUUGCAAAGUUUCUUCGCCAGCAUGGAGCUGUAGAAGACGUUCGCCCUCCCGAUAAAGCCUGGAAGCCUCAGAGCUCACGUUGGGGGGAGGCCCUGAAACAUCUCCGCAGGAUAUCCCGCCCUAUGAUAGGCAAACUCAAGAUCUUUAUUGAUAAAGAUUAUAAAAUCGCUGACACUUCUGAAGGGGGCAUCUACCUGGGGUUCUAUGAGGAACAAGAGGUAGCCGUGAAGCGGUUCUCUGAAGGCAGCACACGGGGACAAAAUGAAGUCUCUUGUUUGCAGAGCAACCGAGCCAACAGUCACGUGGUGACAUUCUAUGGCAGUGAGAGGGAUGGGGGCUGUCUGUAUGUGUGCCUCGCCCUAUGUGAGCACACGCUGGAGAAGCACUUGGCCGACCGCAGAGGAGAGGCUGUGCAAAACAAGGAAGAUGAAUUUGCCCGAAACGUCCUCUCAUCUCUGUUUAAAGCUGUUGAGGAACUACACCUGUCUGGAUACACUCAUCAGGAUCUGCAACCACAGAACAUCUUAAUAGAUUCCAAGAAUGCUGCUUGCCUGGCAGAUUUUGAUGAAAGCAUCAAGGGGACUGGAGAUCCACAGGAAAUCAAGAGAGAUCUAGAGGAAAGAAAGAAGUUUCAAGGCAUUUCCUCGGUAUGCAUGGCCCCCACUCCCUUGCAGACAACAGCAUCUCUCUGGGCCCUGGGACUGCUGGUCCUGUAUGUGGUAAACAAGGGAAACAUUUGUUUUGAGAUGCUGAAGGAUCUAAGAACUGAAGAGUUGGUUGAGCGUUCUCCAGAUAAGGAAACUGAGGACCUCAUUCAGCAUCUCUUAGUUCCUGGGGACAAUGUGAAGGGCCAUCUGAGUGGCCUGCUGGCUCAUCCCUUCUUUUGGAGUUGGAAGAGCCGCUACCGGACACUCCGGGAUGUGGGAAAUGAAUCUGACAUCAAAGUACAAAAUACUGAUGGCAAGAUCCUCCAGCUUCUGCAACCUGAAACAUCUGAACUUCCCACAAGUUUUUCCCAGUGGACAAAUGAGGUUGAUGAAUCUGUGAUGAAAAAAAUGAAUGCGUUUUAUGAGAAAAGGAAACAGAACAAAACGUAUCAGAACAAAACGUAUCAGAACAAAACGUAUCAGAACACUGUAGGUGACCUGCUGAGGUUCAUCCGGAAUUUGGGAGAGCACAUUGAUGAACAAAAGAAUACAAAGAUGAAAUCAAAAAUUGGAGAACCUUCCCAGUAUUUUCAGGAGAAAUUUCCUGAUCUGGUCAUGUAUGUCUAUAAGAAACUACAGAACACAGAAUUUGCAAAGCAUUUUCCAAAAAUCUCAACCCGAACAAAGCCGACGUGUGAUGGAAUUGGUGGUGGUGAGCAGGCUGGCCAGCCCUAGUUAGUGCCUUUUGAAUUCAGGGAGGUACAAUCUUGCUGUGCGAGUCACAACUCUCUGGGGCUCUUGAUUUUUUAUUUUUAUUUUUUGGCCGUGCCAUGCAGCACAUGGGAUCUUGUUUCCCCUACCAGGGAAUUCCCUGGGCCUUUUGACUAACCUCGUUGCUUGUGAGUGAUGAAUUGGGUAGCUGAUGUGUCCGUUCCUGGUGCCGUGCUCAACAUUCUCCACGUUUACAACAACAACAACAACAACAAAAAGUGUGUGCUCAAACUGCUUUGGUCCUUAGUGAAGCUUAGUGGCAGGAGCUGAGAUGGCAUCCUGCUAAGAUGGCAUCCUCUUGUCAAUUGCACCAAAGGAGUGAGUUCCUAGACCCCUAAUGCUUUAUUUUUACAUCAAUUAUCUCAUGUAAUUCUUCCAACAAUCUUGCAAGAUAGGAUUAAUGUCCCCAUUUAGGAACUGAAGAGCCUGACAGACUCAGGGAGUUUGUACAUCUUGACCCAGAUUAUACAGCCUGCACAGAGUGCCGUAUAAAUGGAUGUGGUGUUACUGUUAACUCACUCAGUCACCUUAGAACUUCAUGACUAGCUCAGAGCUCUUCUGCAUGAGACCCAAAAAGAAUAGGUCAAAGGGACUCUAGGUGGCUACAAUCAUUCCAUUCAUUCAUUCAUUAAUAUUUGCUGAGCACUAACUAAUAUGUCUAAGCACCAAUUAUAUGAACUGCGCUCCUUCUAGAAUCACUUGUGCUGGUUUCCUAUGACCUAAGGCAGUAUUUUUGAACUGUUGACUAUCUUGCCCUUCAGAGGCCAUUUGGCAGUUAAAAAUGGCUGUCCGAGCAGAGGGUAGGGGGUGGUGCUGGCGUUCUAGUAGAUAGAGGUCAGGGAUGCUGCUGAAUGCUCUAUGAUAUGCGCAGGACAGCACCCGCCAAACAGAAUUAUCUAGCCUAAAAUAUCAGUGGCUCUGAGGAUGAGAAACUCUGCCUUAAGAGGCUGUGACACCUCUGAACUGGCUGCGAGCCCAGGCCUGUGGAGUGUGUGGCCCACCUCACAAAGGAGUGACCAGAGUCUGAUGUCUUGCUUUAGGAUCUGUAAUGAGACAGUGCCCGGGUCGCCUCCUCAGGAAGCCCUCUGAAGCCCCUCACUUUCCACAUUGCCGUCUGAGUGUCCUGUCUGCUCCCUAGCACCACAGUUACCCCAGAGCAUGCUUCUCUCCACCCAGAGCAUGGCUCUUCCUCCCUGGAAUCUGAGCUCCUUAGGGCCCAUGAUAUAUUGAUGUGUGUCAUUAGAGUUUAGCAAAAUGUCUGCCAAUGUCUGGCAAUGAUCAAUAAUUAUUCAUUGAAAAAUGAACAAUCCAUCUUCAUAGAUGAGUAAUAUUUGUAGAUGACAUUUUGAUGGUGUUUUAUAAUUUAUAAAUUACACCUGCGUAUUUUAUCUUUUAGUUUUAUAAAUAAUCCUGUAAGGUACGCGUUAUGAUCCUCGUUUCGCAGAUGAGGAAACUAAGGUUAGAGAUGCGCUGAUUUACUCUAAUGCAUGGGAAGUGUCACUGUCUCGAUCUGAAAAGAUUUUCUGGCUUGAAGUCUGAUUGCUUUCCAUUUAUCCUCACUGUGGUGGUGAGGAUGUAGCUUUGUAGUGAGAGGAGCUGGGGAAGAACAUGUCUCUUAGGUUCUUUUUAAAAAAGGAGGUGGGGACUUCCCUGGUGGCCCAGUGGUUAAGAAUCUGCCUGCCAGUGCUGGGAACAGGGGUUUGAUCCCUGGGCCAGGAAGAUUCCGCAAGCCGAGGGGCAACUGAGCCCCUCAUGGUUGUGUGCAACAACGGCUGAGCCUGUGCUCCAAAGCCCAUGCCAUAACUAGAGGAAGCCCGCAUGCAGCAAUGAAGAUCCAGCACAGCCAUGAACAAACAGAUAAAUAAACAUUUACACAUAAAUAAAUAAAAAGAAGGUGGUCUCCGUAUAGCUCAGAGAACUCUACUCAGUGCUCUGUGGUGAUCUAAAUGGAAGGAAAUCCAAGGAAGAGGGGAUAUGUGUGUAUACAUAUAGCUGACCUGCUUUGCUCAACUGUACACCAAUAAAAAUAAAUAAAAAAUGGAAAGGAGAUGGUAUCGACUUCCCUGGUUGUCCAGUGGUUAAAACUCUGCAUUUCCAAUGCAGGGGGCACAGGUUUGAAUCCCUGGCCAGGGAACUAAGGUCCUACAUGCCUCAUGGCACAGCCAAUAGAUAAAUAAAAAAUAUUUAAAAGGAGGUGGUCUAAAACAGGUGUUAUGGAAUGAAAUUAACAAGUGCUGGAAGAAACUUAAGACUUUUCUUUAAGGUUUCAGGAGCAGUAGUUUUAAAACUAAGAUUUGAUUUUCUGAUUUGUAGUGAGUACCUAGAUAUGACAAUCAAAUGUCCAUUAGUAAAAUUCAAUAAAACUUUGAAUUAUC